AUUCUUUCCCCCCCUCUACACCCCACACGAGCUGCUGAUUUUCAGGGACUUGUUGGCAACUCAGUGAGGGUUGCCAUAGCUUUUUUAUGUAGGGUGACCAGAACCGGCUGGAACUGGUUUGAGGCAGAUCAGCUCCUGAACACAAUGCAGUCACUGAGCUCCUACAGUGGAAUAGCAGCUUCCUCCCUUCAUGGCAGCCAAAAGCAGAGGCGCUUGCAGGAAGGUACCACCCUAACACAGUAUGUGAAUGCACAUUCAGGCACCACACAGCUCUGGUACGCGACUCCCGGAGCCCUCUCCAAGAGUCCGUGUAGAGAAGAUGGGGGAGAAGUGUGCAGGUUUGCAAGGUCUGACCUUCCUGGGGGCUUUUCCUGCCUGUUUUCUUUUUGCCUUUUUUUUUUUUUUUUGGAAAAGCUGAAGGGAUGGACAAGGAGCUGAGAUUUAUGGCCCUUAUUAAAGGAGAAAAUGUGCCUUGUAGGGUGGGGACACUUGGUUUGUGCAGUCUCUCUCUCUCUCUCUCUCUCUCUCUCUCUCUCUCUCUCUCUCUCUCUCUCUCUCUCUCUCUCCCUCUCUCUCUCUCUCUCUCUCUCUCUCUCUCUCUCUCUCUCUCUCUCUCUGUCUCUCUCUCAUUCUGUGGUUCGGACAGAACCAAACCAAAGCUAACUGAACUGAUGGAUUUGUAAUGGGCGUCUGUGUGUUGCAGGAGGAUGCUACUUUGCAUGCUUUUUCUUCUCUUGCAGGCUAUGUUGUGCUUUGUGCUUUUCCUUUUAGAAGCUACUAGAGGGUGUGGGGGUACUUCUGGCUAUGAAGAAGGCCAAAAGGCCUGUGGACAGGGGCUGCUUUUAACCCUUUCCGACUGGCAGAGAAUGCAGCCGUGUGGCCGUAACUGAACAUUGGUCCAAAGCCUUUCCCAAGGGUCAAGGUUCACAAGGACGCCCGGGUCCCUCGAUGACCAUGGGAGAUAUGAAGACCCCAGACUUCGACGACCUCCUGGCGGCCUUCGACAUCCCGGACAUGGUCGACCCCAAAGCUGCCAUCGAGUCGGGGCACGACGAGCCCGAGGCCCAUGUUAAACAGAGCGGCCACGCCGAGGACGAUGGCCAUGCGCCCUCUUCCUCCUCGGAUGGCGGUGUCAGUGUCAUUGUCAAGAACGUGCGCAGCCUGGACACAGCUGAGGGCGCCGACAAGGACGGACACCCCCCUGCCACAGGCAAUGGCCUACACAACGGCUUCCUCAGCGCUGCUACCGCCGCCGGCCUGGACAGCUAUGCCAAGGAAGGCACCAAGGCACCCAGGGCUGGGGCUGGGGAUGGACCGGCGGCUGCAGAGGGCAGCUUGCAGGAUGCUGCUUUCAGCCAGUUCAGCCCCAUCUCUAGUGCUGAGGAGUUCGAUGAGGAUGAGAAGAUCGAGGUAGACGAUCCCUCAGACAAGGAGGAGGCACGGGCCGGCUUCAGGCCGCACGUGCUCUCAGGGGCUGCCCCCCACCAAGACUAUGAGAAGAUCAAGGCCCUGGGCGGAGAGAAUGGGGGCAAAAUCGGCACCGUUCCCACCGCCGGUGGUGCCGACAAAAGCAAGGCGGUGAAGAGGGAGUCAGAAGUGGGUGGCAGUGGUGGCAGCGGUGGCAGCGGGGCUGCUAGCCUGGCUGCCUAUGAGCCCUUCAAGGUCAGAAAGGCAGAGGAGAAGCUGAAGGAGAGCUCGGAGAAGGGGCCCGAUGCCCGGGCUAAUGAGGCUAAACUGGGUUCCGAGAAGGGCGAAGGCACCUUAGGCGCAGCGCCACCACGGGCUAAGCCCUCCUCCAAGCUCUCCUCCUGCAUCGCUGCCAUUGCAGCGCUCAGCGCCAAGAAGGCCGCUUCUGACUCGGCUCGGGAGCCAGCCACCAGCCCCCAGGAACCCUGCCCUGCACCCAAGGAUGCCCAUGAGAGCCCCCGUGCCGCUGAGAAGUCCCCCGAGGUGCCAAACCUCAUCGACGGCCCUCGGAAGGGUCCCCUGAAGCCUUCUGACAGUCCCCGGAGCAGCUGCAGCGAAAGUAGCGGCAAAGGGUCUCCCGCCUCGCCCGCUGGUUCCACCCCGGCCAUCCCCAAGGUCCGCAUCAAGACCAUCAAGACGUCCUCGGGUGAGAUCAAGAGGACGGUGACACGGGUCCUGCCUGAGCUGGACCAGCUUGACGCCUCGGGCAAGAAGCCAUCGGAGCCUCCACCGCCCCCGCCGGCCUCCGUCAUGGCCUCAGUGACCUCACUGCUGAGUUCACCAGCUGCGGCGGCUGUGCUGUCGUCUCCGCCACGUGCCCCGCUGCAGUCGGCCGUGGUGACCAAUGCCAUGUCCCCAGCUGAACUGGCCCCCAAGCAGGUCACCAUCAAGCCGGUGGCCACUGCCUUCCUCCCCGUGUCCGCGGUAAAGACAGCCGGGUCGCAGGUCAUCAACCUGAAGCUGGCCAACAACACCACGGUCAAGGCCACGGUCAUAUCAGCCGCCUCGGUGCAGAGCGCCAGCAGCGCCAUCAUCAAGGCCGCCAACGCCAUCCAGCAGCAGACCGUGGUGGUGCCGGCCUCCAGCCUGGCCAGCGCCAAGCUCGUGCCAAAGACGGUGCACCUCGCCAACCUCAACCUCCUGCCCCAGGGCGCCCAGGCCACCUCGGAGCUGCGCCAGGUGCUUACCAAACCCCAGCAGCAGAUCAAACAGGCAAUAAUCAGCGCUGCGGCCGCGGCUGCCGCCUCCUCCUCCAACUCCUCCACCUCCUCUCCCGCUCAGCCACCCAAAAAGGUGUCCCGGGUGCAGGUGGUGUCGUCGCUGCAGAGCUCCGUGGUAGAGGCCUUCAACAAGGUGCUGAGCAGCGUCAACCCCGUGCCCAUAUACAUCCCCAAUCUCAGCCCCCCGGUGCACGCGGGCAUCACGCUGCCGGCUCGUGGCUACAAGUGCUUGGAGUGCGGUGAUGCUUUUGCCCUGGAGAAGAGCCUGUCACAGCACUAUGACCGGCGCAGCGUGCGCAUCGAGGUGACCUGCAACCACUGCUCCAAGAACCUGGUAUUCUACAACAAGUGCAGCCUGCUGUCCCACGCCCGCGGUCACAAGGAGAAGGGCGUGGUCAUGCAGUGUUCCCACCUCAUCCUCAAGCCCGUGCCUGCGGACCAGAUGACAGUGUCACCGGCCAGCAGUGCCGCCGCUGCCGUCGUCGCCGCCUCUGCCAGCGCCUCGGCCAGCGUCACCACGGCCAUGGUGUCUGUGUCUGCCACGGGGGCAGUGGCGGCGGCCGUGGUGAAUACGGCCGCCGGCACUGCCCCGGCUGUUCCCGUUGCUGCUGGCAGUGGCGGCGGCGGCGGCAGCGGCCCACAGACAGUCCCCAAGAUCCAGUCGGGCAUCACCGGGACCGUCAUCUCCGCUCCCUCUAGCACCCCCAUCGUCCCGGCGAUGCCCCUGGACGAGGACCCAUCCAAGCUGUGCCGGCACAGCCUCAAGUGCUUGGAGUGCAACGAGGUUUUCCAGGAUGAGACGGCGCUGGCCACCCACUUCCAGCAGGCGGCUGACGCCAGCGGACAAAAGACUUGCACUGUCUGCCAGAUGUUGCUCCCUAACCAGUGCAGCUUCGCCUCCCACCAGAGAAUCCAUCAGCACAAGUCUCCCUACACCUGCCCCGAAUGUGGGGCCAUUUGCAGAUCGGUGCACUUCCAGACUCAUGUCACCAAGAACUGCCUGCACUACACGAGGAGAGUCGGCUUCCGGUGUGUGCAUUGCAACGUCGUGUACUCGGAUGUGGCCGCUCUGAAGUCGCACAUCCAAGGGUCUCACUGUGAAGUCUUCUACAAGUGCCCCAUCUGCCCCAUGGCGUUUAAGUCUGCCCCGAGCACCCACUCCCACGCGUACACGCAGCAUCCUGGCAUCAAGAUCGGAGAGCCCAAAAUCAUCUACAAGUGCUCCAUGUGCGACACGGUGUUCACACUGCAGACGCUGCUAUACCGCCACUUUGACCAGCACAUCGAGAACCAGAAGGUGUCGGUUUUCAAGUGUCCUGACUGCUCCCUCCUCUAUGCACAGAAGCAGCUUAUGAUGGAUCACAUCAAGUCUAUGCACGGGACCUUGAAAAGCAUCGAAGGGCCUCCAAACCUGGGCAUUAACCUGCCUUUCAGUCUCAAGCCGACGACCCAGAACUCCACCAACCAGAACAAAGAUGACAGCCGGGCCCUGAAUGGGAAGGACAAGUCGGAGAAGAAGACCCCGUCACCUGUGAAGAGGUCCCUGGAGCCCAAGAAAGUGGCAAGCCCCGGGUGGACUUGCUGGGAUUGUGACCGGCUUUUCACGCAGAGGGACGCCUACAUCUCACAUGUGCGCAAGGAGCAUGGAAAGCAAAUGAAGAAGCAUCCGUGCCGCCAAUGCGACAAGUCCUUCAGCUCCUCACACAGCUUGUGCCGUCACAACCGCAUCAAGCACAAAGGCAUCAGGAAAGUUUAUGCCUGCUCGCAUUGCCCCGAUUCUAGACGCACCUUCACCAAGAGGCUGAUGCUGGAGAAGCACAUCCAGCUCAUGCACGGCAUCAAGGACCCCGACCUUAAGGAGAUGACCGAGGCCAGCACCGAGGAUGGCAUGGACACAAAGGAGGAUGUCAAGGUGCCCAGUCCCAAGCGCAAGUUGGAGGAUCCUGUCCCGGAGUUCAGGCCACCCCGCGGAGCCAUCACGCAGCCACUGAAGAAGCUCAAGAUCAAUGUGUUCAAGGUGCACAAGUGCGCCGUCUGUGGCUUCACCACCGAGAACCUGCUGCAGUUCCACGAGCACAUCCCGCAGCACAAGUCUGACGGCUCGUCCUACCAGUGCCGUGAGUGCGGCCUGUGCUACACGUCGCACGGCUCGCUCGCCCGCCACCUCUUCAUUGUGCACAAGCUCAAGGAGCCGCAGCCCGUGGCCCGGCAGAACGGGGCGGGCGAGGACAGCCCGGCUGAUCCCCCAGGUGGCGCCGAGGACGAGGCGAUGGGCACGCCGUCGGACCGUAAGUGCAAAGUGUGCGCCAAGACCUUCGAGACGGAAGCGGCCUUAAACGCACAUAUGCGGACCCACGGCAUGGCCUUCAUCAAGUCCAAAAGGGUCAGCUCCGCAGAGAAAUAGCCGACGCCCCCUACCCCCCAGUCCCACCCUGUUCGCCUGUGUUGGAACCUGACAAGCUUUUGUUACCAAAAGUUGGCAGCCUGGCUGCGCUCGGUAGAACCGGCCGUGCUGAUGCAAUAUCUCCCCCCCAAAGGGACCUUCUUCACCUCGGUGUAUAUCCUCAACACUAAGUAUUAAAGCAAAAACAGUAUUUGAGUUGAAGAGAAUUUGUAUAUAUUCAAAAGAAUAACUUUUUUAUACUCUUUGUUACAUGUUUCUAUCAGUAUUUUGAGGAAAAAUGUUUUAAGAUUUCCGUUUGUUGGGUUUGUUUUUAUUAUUUUCUGGUUAGAAGAUUGCUUUUUUUUUUCUCUUUUUAUUUUAUUUUUUGGGGUAACUUUCAAACAGUUCUUAGUCAACUGGCAGUUCCUCAAAUCAAAGAAACCAUUUUGUAUGUUAAUGGGUUUGAAAGGGUCUCAGACUAAAUACAGGCCGAGAUAAAGGCCUUUUUUGUUGUUAUUUUUUUUAAAGCGUAUUGUUUUGUUUUGUUUUGUUUUGAGUGUUCAUUGCUAAACUAUAUUUCUCAUGGGUCUUCGAACACUUAGGGACUUUUUUAAGUGUCUUAGCACUCUCCUCAAUGUGCCUGUUCCGCUGUGGGCACGGGCUGGGCCCGGGCCCUGCCACCCUGUUGUAGCCAUCUGCAGGUAGUGCCUGUUUGGACAGCCAAGAUCCAGAUCCACAGGCAGUUGACUUGGGAAAUAAGCGUGCAUGGCCCCGGCCACAGACCCGGCCACCGCGUCUUCCCCAGCCAACAUGCCAUUCCGGCUGCCAGGAUUCCAGGGACAGCAGAGAAAGGGCUGGACUCCUAGGACUGUUCGACCAAUCACUUUAUACCGCCACGGUUUUUUGUUCUUUUGGGAUUUUUUUUUUUGUCCUGUAAUUUAUUAACUCAUAAAGACACAAUGAAAAACAAACAAAAAUAUCAAGUAUUUCUCUAGCUCUUGAUGGGAAAAGUAAAAAAAUAAUAAUAAUAUCACAGUUGACUUAACCCUCCGCUGUGGAAAAAAGUUGGCGUUUCCUGUUCUGGGUGCUACUGCCAAAUGUCCUGGUACUUCAGAGUUGGGGGCACACAGCUCCCAGCGCCGACCUAGCAAUGCAGCUGCUCGCAGCCGGCCUCCCCUACUCCGCACUGAGCCACACCCGGGUUAGCUCCGUUCUUCCACCGAGAAUGUUCCCUCACCUCAGCUGCACCAAUACAAGAGCAGCAGAAGGACAGAGGGACAUUCCUGUGCUGUCCGUUUCGUUUCUAGUCCUCUGGAAGAUGUCUGUGUUUUGGUUUUAGUGUGCGUGUGUGUAUGUGUGCGCGUGUGUAUGUGUUUUUCUUUGCAUUUUAUAUCUUGUAUUUAUCCCAGAACAUGCUUUGUACUUGUUUUGUUUUUGUUUAUUUUGUUUUUUUAAGAAAAGAGGUUCUGUUGUAUAUAUAGCGAUAACUUGCAUGAUACACCGUAGUCGAUUCAGUUCCUCAAAAGGUCUCGCCCUGCAUCAUCUUCAUCACUGUUGUAACUGUAUUCACAUUUCAAAUGUAAAUAAAGGCAGGACGUUUGGCC